AUGAAACCACUUGCAAAUGGCAUUCUUCUCUCCUCUGCAACUCAUCAUCAUUUAAAUUCCGUAACUGCUCUGCAAAUUGGGACGAGAGCUGUCAAGAGAAUUUUACGUGAUGAUGAUCGUAGACGCGGUAUUUGUAACAUGUCUUUAAAAAGCGAUGGCAACUAUUUCCAUCAAUCAACAACAAAAGCUUCAUACCACACCUCGAUGAGUCAUAGAACUAGUAAAUCGGAAAAUAAUUUCCGACCUGGUCUUUUGAACCAUGCUGUCGUUGAUGAAUCAAUCAUCAAAUGGACACAACAACAAUUACAAAAUUUAAUUAUUCAAAUUUACAAGUGGAGAGGUUUAGGCACUCAGCAGCAAGUCGUGGCCUCCUCAUCGGAACCUCUUAAUAACACAAUUGAUUCCAUCAUGAGUGAGGCAAAAAGAAUUCUUUCUCAAACCGAUGCCGCUGAAGAUUUGUAUCCUCAACUUGUUGCUCUACAAAUUGCAGCUCAAUAUAUCAAGGAGCAUGAAUUGCCAAGACCAGCUGACAAGCAACAACAAAAUUCAUCAGAGAAUAAUGCGGCAAUGAAAAUUGGUGAAGUUUCCAAGUUGAGCUUUUCAACAAGCAAACUUCAGUCUAUUGUAAAGAAGAAGACGGAUUUUUCAACAUUGAACACUUCUAAUAGUAGUGAGGCAUCUAUCAGAGAGCUGAAGGAACAUAUUGUCAAAUAUCUCAAUGAAAUGAAUGGAGUAUUUAGUUUAUUGCAAUGUUGGUCAUUGAGUAAGAUUAUCCUUCAAAAAUUAUUGUACUUCCAAAACGACAUGACCAGUCUGUCAAUGACCAAACAAACAAUUGAAGAGUUUUUGAAGAGUGGAAAGACUGAAAAUCUAGUCACACGCUUUUUCGGAACUUAUUUUCAAUUAGCAGCCAUCUAUGAACGAGAAAAUCAAUUUAAAAACGCUGCAGGCACUUUAUUAGCUCUUCUUCCCAAGUUGGAGGAUUCAUUGAGUGCUCUCAACGAACUCAACACCGCCACCACUCACACUUCGGCUCCAUCUAAAGAUGCUCUAGCCAAAUACAUUUCUUCAAUUCAACAAUAUAUUAGAGAUGUACAUAAGCGUUUGUCAGUUCUCUUGGAAAAGCUCCACGAUUACACAAGUGCUGCCAAACAUUUGAAAGCAUUAUUGCCACAAGAUUCCAACGGUGUCAUUCAACUUCCAACCAACGAGAAGGGAGCAUUUGGAGAGCUGAAAACUCAACUCCUUAAAUUGGCUUAUUUACAUACCAUGGCCACUGAAUGGAAAUCUGCCGAUGUGUGCUAUGAAGAUGCCACUCUCCUCACAGCACGACAACUCUCAAGUUUAACUGCUAGCACAGACAAGAUUACCAGUCAUCAAAUUGUUUUAGAUUCACUUAUUGUGUCGUAUGAAUGGACUAUCUUUUUGAGAAAAAUGUUGUUAAUUUUGCAACAUGCAGAAGAAACAGAAACCAAUGAGAAGGAGACCACAGAUGAAGAUUCCGAAACCAAGGAUCAAAAACUUGACAUUCCAUCCAGACUUCAGACCAUCAAACGACUCUUAGACAUUGGUACGAAUAUUGGUAAAGGAUUAGGAAUACUCUCCGAAGAACUGCCCAAUAUUGAAAAUUUGCAGAACUCGUCACAUCUUGUUCACUUUUUGAAAGAAAAAGUUGAAGUUCAAACAUUUAACGAAUUGGCCAAAUUACAACUUGCAUUUAUUAAGAGUUUUUUGAUGGAGGGCGCCAAUGGAAAUUGGGAUGACUUUUCUGCAGUGUGGGAUAAUUUACUGAUGGCAAUGAAUCAUGUAUUGACCAUGGAGACCAAAAUACUUAAUGAUGAAUAUUAUCAAAAACUGGAACCUCAACUCUCUCGUCACUUUCACACAUUUAAAGAUGCAAUUAUUAAUGAAGGUUUGCAUUUGUUAGGAUAUUGCAUUGCACGCAUGAGACACUCACCCAACCAUAACCUUAACUCGAAUCAACAAUUUGAGGCCUUUUAUGAAAACUUGCUUGUCAUCUUGUCAAGAAACGAAAAGUGUUUUGAAAAUCAAUUCAAAACGUGGACUCAAUUACGGUCAUUGAUGGGAAGUUAUGCCUUGUAUAGAAGAGAUAUCAAUCCAAGUAUUGAAUUGUCUCGUUAUUUUGUUGAAAAACAGGUCAUUCUCGAUACAUUGACUUUGGCACCUAAUGACUCGAGCAAUUCAUUACCAUUUCGUCUCUAUGACGUGCUAGUGGAAGUGUUUGAAAAAGAUGAGUUGGCAGCAGAUAGUACCAGCUCAGAAACUGCGACCACAGUAAGAAAUAGUGUCUACAAGAGAGCCUAUCGUAUUCUUGCUCCCACCAAAGAAAUAGCCAUUGAAAAAUCGCUUCAAUUUGAAAAUUGGGUCAUUGAAGGAAAACACGUCAUUGAAGAAGCUGAAAUUUAUCAAGUUGAUAUGGAUCGAUGUGUGGAACAUAAUGAAAAAACAACACUCCAAUUUUUACAAGAUUUAAUGAAAGAAGAACCUGAUGCCAGUGAAUAUCUAUUUGCAGGAAUUGUCAAUGCCUCUGGUGUUUACAAACCUUAA